CUAAUGGUUUUUUCUCCGGCCCCCAAUUUCAUCAUCACCAAUUCACCAAGUAAUUAAUCUUCACACUAAACCGAGUCUUCUUUUUCUCUCUCUCUCUCUCACAAUCUCAGUAGUAAGAGCCAGCCUCUGUUCUAGAAACCGUGCGUGCAUCACAGACAAAGCUGUGCAUGGUGUGUCGUGACGAGCAUGCGUGAGUGCGUUACACGCUCAAGAAAAGUGUGUUAGCUUAGCUUAGCUAGCCAACCAUGCAUAUAUUCGUCACGUUCGUUUCGAGUUGAUCGAUCUUGUGUUUAAUUCCAAGCUCCUCUUGAGCGGCCGUAAUUCUUGAUCGUCGUUCCCAUUUGCUAUAGCUAGCUAGCCAUGGAGGACCUGUCGCUGUCGUCGGAGCUCGACCCGGCGCUCCUCUCGACGUCGACGUCGUCGUCGUCGCCGCCGGACUCCGCCUCGCCGUCCUUCUCCUUCUACCACCCUUCGCCUCCCAACUACACCCUCGCCGUGUCCAACCUCUCAUGCCGGGACCCUCGCCGCGGCUCCGGCGGCGCCGGGUUGCUCUCGUGGUUGUUGGGUUCUUUCUCGACCAGCUCGCCGCCGGCCACCGGCGGCGCGGGCCUCCUGAACAACGUGUCGUUCACGGCCUCCAGCUCGCAGAUCCUGGCCGUCGUCGGCCCCAGCGGCGCCGGCAAGUCGACGCUGCUCCGCAUCCUCUCCGGCCGCGGCACCGGCGGCGAGAUCGCCGCCAGGCCGCACGCGGUGGUGUCCGUCAACGGGCGCGCGGUGACCUCCCGCGCGCGGCUCCGCCGGAUGUGCGGGUUCGUGACGCAGGACGACAACCUCCUCCCGCUGCUCACCGUGCGGGAGACGAUCCUGUUCGCGGCGCGGUUCAGGCUCCGGUCCGCCGUGACGGCGCGGGAGCGCGGCGAGCGGGUGGAGGCGCUGAUGCAGGAGCUGCGUCUGUCGGAGGUGGCGGACAGCUACGUCGGCGGGUGCGGCGGCGCCGGCGGCGCGCCGCGCGGGGUGUCCGGCGGCGAGCGGAAGCGGGUGUCCAUCGCGGUGGACAUCGUGCACGACCCGCCGGUGCUGCUGCUCGACGAGCCGACGUCCGGGCUGGACAGCCGGUCCGCCAUGGACGUGCUGUCGCUGCUCCGCGACGUGGCGCGCGCGCGGCGGCAGGUGGUGGUGCUCAGCAUCCACCAGCCCAGCUACCGCAUGCUCGCCUACAUCUCCUCGAUGCUGCUCCUCUCCCGCGGCGCCGUCGCGCACUUCGGCACGCUCAAGUCGCUGGAGCACUCCCUGUCCCGCCUCGGCCACGAGAUCCCCAUGCAGCUCAACCCGCUCGAGCUCGCCAUGGAGGUCACCGAGCAGCUCGAGGCCGACCACGCCAGGUUCGGCGCCGCGCUCGCCACCACCAUCCAUCAACACCAACACAACAAGGUCAUCGACGACGAGGACGAAAGCAGCGGCGCUGGCGAGCACGAGCACGAGCACGGCUACUACUGCAGCCGCGCGGUGGAGGUGGGGGCGCUGGCGGUGCGCUGCUGGCGCACGAUGCACCGCACCAAGGAGCUCUUCGCGGCGCGCGCGGCGCAGGCGGUGAUCGCCGGGCUGGGGCUCGGCAGCGUCUACUUCCGCAUCCGCCCGGACCCGGAGGGCGUCGCGCUCCGCCUGGGCCUCUUCGCCUUCAGCCUCAGCUUCCUCCUCUCCUCCACCGUGGAGGCCCUCCCGAUCCUCCUCCACGAGCGGCGCGUCCUGAUGCGCGAGGCGUCCCGCCGCGCCUACCGCCUCUCCUCCUACGUGGUGGCCAACGCCCUCGUCUUCGCGCCGUGCCUCCUCGCCGUGUCCCUCCUCUUCUCGGCGCCCGUCUACUUCCUCGCGGGGCUCCGCGCCACGACCCAGGCCUUCGCCUGCUUCGCGCUCGCCGUGUGGCUCAUCGUGCUCAUGGCGAGCUCCCUGGUGCUCUUCCUCAGCGCCGUCUCCCCCGACUUCGUGCUGGGGAACUCGCUGAUCUGCAUGUCGCUGGGCGUGUUCUUCCUCUUCUCCGGCUACUUCAUCCCGAGGGAGAGCAUCCCGAGGUACUGGGCGUUCAUGUACUACGUGUCCAUGUACAGGUACCCGCUGGACCUGCUGCUGAUCAACGAGUACGGCGGCAGCAGCAGCGGCAGGUGCGUGGCGUGGGCGGGAGGCGUGUGCUUGAGGAAGGGGGGUGAUGUGCUGAGGGGGAGAGGGAUCGACGAGGGGAUGAGGUGGGUCAAUGUCGGGGUCAUGCUAGGGUUCUUCGUCUUGUACAGGGUCAUGUGCUGGGCUGUGCUGGUCAGGAGGGCAGCCAAGACCACGCUGUGAUUUUUCACAUAAGUGUGUGUUGUAAGUAGUACUCGUAUAUGGGAAAUGGGACGUGACUACGCGUCGGACGUCCGAUCCACUAGAGAGCUGAGAUAUACUGUUCCUAGCAGUCUUGUUUGUUGAAAUCCAAAGAUGUGUAGCUCCCCUAUUUUCUGUUCACGUGUCCUUAACAUUUUUAAAAAAGGCAAAAUUUGCUAUAGGACA